CCGAUAGCUGCUGACAGAAGCUAGCCGGUCAGAGCCAGCUGUGUCGACACAACAGCAACACAGCAAUCGAGUUAGUUUGCAGGCUUGCUGUUAGUAUCACAAGGGACGAACCAGUUUGCUUGAGUAACCUUUUAACCAGCGGAUCUUAUGGCUGAGAGUGAAGACAUCUUUCUCAGGGCAAAACAUCGGACAUUCAGCGGGCUGACCGAAGAGCGGGAGUGGACGGGUCCGUUCUACUUCAUCCAGGCCGCAGACCCCCAGCUGGGGCUGAUGAAAGCAUGGAGGGACGGCGACUGUGAUGGAGGAGGGGACGAAUGGGCUGAGGAGGUCCAGCUCACAAAGCAGGCUGUGGAGGCUGUCAGCCGGCUCAGACCCAGGCCAAGGUUCAUGGUGCUGUGUGGAGACCUCGUCCAUGCCAUGCCAGACACUCCGUUCAGGGUGGAUCAGGAGCGGGACCUGAAGGAGGCCCUUAGGGGGACGGAUCCCUCCAUCCCAUUGGUGUUUGUCAGCGGAAACCAUGACCUGGGCAACACCCCAACCCCUACCACUGUGGAGCAAUACUGCAGCGCCUGGGGGGAUGACUACUUCAGCUUUUGGGUGGGUGGAGUCCUCUGCCUGGUGCUGAACUCCCAGUUGUUCUACGAUGCUUCGGCCUGCCCUCAGCUGAAGGAGGCCCAGGACGCCUGGCUAGAGGAGCAGCUAAGCAAAGCUUCUUCUGCUUCCUCUACGGAGCCCAAACCCAAACACAUCCUGGUGUUCCAGCACAUUCCCCUGUACCUGAAGAGCCCUGAGGAGGAGGACGACUACUUCAACCUACAGACAGCAGUCAGACACAACCUGUUGGACAGGUUCAAGAGGGCAGGUGUGAAGGCGGUCUUUUCUGGCCACUACCACCGAAACGCCGGAGGUUGCCAUGGUGGCCUGGACAUGGUUGUGAGCUCUGCCAUUGGCUGCCAGCUUGGUGAAGAUACCCAUGGUGUCAGGGUGGUGGUUGUGACCGCCAAUGAUGUCAUCCAUCGCUACCACAGCCUGGAGGAUCUGAGUGCGCGGGGCAUGGACGAGGACCUCAGGAAGCUCCUGCAGGCCUGAGGGCCGAAGGAGGGAUAAUCUGGGCAUGUGCCCAACAAGCUUAAAUUUAUUUUGAGAAUUGCUUUGUUUUGAUUUCACAGUGUUUGACACCCUUUAAUUAAAGGAAUAUAGUUUUUGGGAGAAGGGCCUGUUGGUCAACUUGUUACGUGAUCAAAGCCAAAAUCAUCCAUGUGUCUCCAGUAGAUAAUUUGCAUCCACGAUCAAAGAAAUGUUAUUUUUAUAUGGUCUCAUGGGAUACAUCUGCUGUGUCAUACAAAUUUACUGUGGAGGAAAAAAAACAAUAUCACCGAGAUAGAAAGGGAGAAGUGGAGAGAACAAGGUGGCAUGCGCUCAUACUAUCCCACUGAGGAAGCAUAUGGCAAGAAGAUGGAUACGUUUUACCAGUAGGCAUUAGGCUGCAAGCAGCAGCACAAUCAAAAUAACAAAUAAUUCACCAUGAUCAGGCAAAGGACAUAGAGACAGAUUGGGAUUAUGAGCUAUUUCAGCAAUAAGACAUAUAACUUCCAUGUUUGAGUAGCUUGAUGUGGUGAUGUUUUUUGCAUGUUUUGUGCUGAUUUUAAUGAUGUAGCAUAGCAUUGUUGCAGUUUUGCCUCUAUUAUUGUUAAUAAAUUGAUUAAUGUAGCUUACACAGCCAGCUAACAUGAGUAUUCAGGCAGCCACUUGAAAUCCUGUGUAUAUUGAUGUGGUUAAGUGAAUGCUGCAAAUGUGGGGGUUUCUGGCCAGCCUUAAGCAGUGCAUUGAUCCUUGCGCUGGAGAAACCCUUAGGCAAUAUAAACAUUCUUGUUUUUGAGAAUGUUUUUUGCCCCAGUCCUUAGGGAAGACUUGACCACAUAUAAACAUUAGCCAUAUGAUUUUUUUUUUUAAUCCAUUAUUUCAAAUUGUUUUUAAUUUGAAAAGAGCUUACCACCUUGUAGUGUAAAAUAGCCUAGCAGAUGUUUGUGUUCUGUUAUCUCUAUGCAGUGUGGUAGCAUUCAGAUGAAACAGUCAAAAUACAAAAUCAGACGUAAAAAUGGACAUACUAUAGGUGUGUCUCGGUGGCUCAGUGAUUGCAGACCCUUGUCAUGUAACUGUGGCAUCGUGGGAUGAAUCCAGGCCAGGAUCUUUGCCUCAUGUCAUCACAGUCUUUCCUCUCUUGCUCUUCUUAAUAAAGGCAAAAAUAACCUCUAAAAAAUAUGUACUGUAAUUCAAAGUGAUCGCUAAGGCACAAAAGAAUUUUUUUAAGCCUAUGUGCAGCCGACAGCACACAUGUAGCCUCAGUCACCAGCAAUUCUGGCUAUUAGGGUGAUUAUUAGUUGUAUACUGUCUCCUGUCACCCACCACAUUAACCUCUGAUGUCAGCAAAACAAGUCACAUGCCAAAUCUCACUGUAAGAGAAACCAUUUGGCAGGGAAAAUAGUCUUGGCAAUUCAAAACACAUUAUUUUUGUAUCAUACUUCAUGUAAAUGUCACCAAUCUGCAUAAAACUGCCAGAUAUUUAAGAUUCCUGUAGCCUUCGGGCUGCUCAUAUUUUCUUACUUUUUAGAUGAUAAUGGUCACCUGCUAUCACUCAGUAUACUUGUUGAAACACCAGGAGCACAUGGAUCAUUUUGGUGUCUGUAUUCCCAUCCCUGAUGCUUAGGCUGACCAAUGGCCCAGUCUCCCAAAAACUUUUGGCCGCAUUCAUGUCAUAUCGGAAGAAAGGUAGAGGUAAGAACGAUUCCCAUCACUACAAUUUCAUGUUUACAUCAGUCAGAAAGCUGAGCAAGACUCACAGUCUAUAGAAAGGUUAACCAUAUUAAACUGUUAAUUUAACAACAACAAUUUAUAAUGGGUGGCCUUGGUUUGUAGAUUUAAAAAAGCAGGAGUAAAUACGCAUUGAAUUGGGAUUUUUUUCACCUUUAAUGGUGUGGUGCAAACAACAUGAGGAUGCCAUUUUCCAGAUAUUUCCACAGUAUUUACCCCCUAGGCGGAUAUGUCAGAGCUUUCAGAAACAUAAGAGAUUCCUAGAUGUAAUUACCAGCUGGAUGUUGACGUGAGCACUAUUUGCAAGUCAGAAGAUGGUACUUAACUCUAAGCCUAACCCUAUAUGAUGUGAACGCGGCAUUUGUGCACACCUUAAAGGGGAAAUGAAUUCAUUUUAAUAUUUAAUUUCAGGCACAUACCUUUUACAAGUGGUUUCAAGCCCAAAGCCUUGAAUCCACAUGCCAACAACACAGUAUAAACUUGGGUGAAUCAUAUAUUAUCUGAGCAAUGAUAUAUAAAAAAAAAAAAAAAAAAACGCUACUAAUUUGAAUUUAUGUUUUCUCUCUAAUGAAUGUUUUUCUAGGAGCAUCUCUCGGUGUUCACCACAGAAUGGAUGUUUUCUCUGCACUCUGCCCUUAAAGGGCGCACAAGGAGAGCUGAAUGAAUAUUAUCUUUUUUGUGUUUAUAGAAAAAAUCAGUGGUUCUUUUGUGGAGAAGCACUACCCUUCCGCACAGCCCUCCUAUAUCAUGAGUAGCAUUACAUGUUGUAACACCCACUCUAUCUGUCUGUGCUGUAUAAAUGUUAAAGUUCAAGACAAUACGCUGUGGUGUAGUCAGAUGUUGUCAGUGUAACUUAAAUUGUAUCCAAACCCUGGCAUCUUUAAAGGAAAAAUCCACCCUAAAACACUUUACACUGCCAUAAAAUUGCAGGUAUCAUUUGCGUCUCCGGCUCAGUUUGUUAUUUGGGACUGUAUUUUUGUUAUUCGUGUGGAUAACAGGCGAGCCACAGAUGACGUGAAGUCACUUUGAGGUAUUUCCAGCACAGCUACACUAGCAUUUAAUACCAGGAGAAAUUAAUCUAUCUAAAACAUCAAUAGUAAAUGUCAGGUUUUGGUGUCGGGACAGACGAGAUAAGACGUUUUGCAUUUUGAUGAAAGGACACAACUGCUGCUUUUUCUUUUAACAUAGCUAUUGAUCUUUUCGGCUAUCGGUGUACCCCACAGCUAAAGGGAACAUGCUCCCUGGGGGGUGUUGAAAAGCAUUCAGGGAAAUGUAGGAAACACCAACAAGUGGAAGUAGGGAAGUCAGUGGAGAUAGGAUGAUAUGAAAAUUCAGAAUCAAACUUACAACAAAAUGUACCACCAUCCUUACUUUACGUCUUACUUUUAAAAUGUGCUUAAAUGUUAAUGAAUAAUGACAUUGAAAUCAUGCCACCAUAUUUUGUACUGACAAUCAUAACUUAAAUUAUCAGCUGUAUAUAUUUGCAUUAAAAUGAUAACACAGCCCAAACAAGCAUAUUAAAUGCAUCAUGGAUAAUUAGCACCUUGGCCAUGAGAGGUCUGCAGUCUCUCACAUGGCAGAUGAGAGAAAACGGUAACUAGAAACACACUGUUCCCACACACUCCCCAGUUCAGGCCCUAAAGAACACCACAUGUACACAAAUAAAAUGCCCAUAUGUUCAUAUAAGAGCAAUGAAAUGGUAGCAUGAAGGAGACUUGACUAAUUGACGCUAACUUUGGCUGGCCGGAUGUACUGCAAUUUUUUUUUUUUUUUUCUCUAGAAAACACGCUUAUCCACAGUAAUUAUGAUAAUUAAAAUUCGAGAGGAUGAAACUAGCCAGCAGAUGUUUUAUCAGGGUUUAAAAUAACCGCUCCAUCCCAGCAAAGCAGGUUGAGAGAAGGUUGGCAUGACAAAAAAGCAAAUCAAAACCCUCCUGUAGUACCUUGAGCAUCACAGAUUGAUGAUGUACAACAGUGUGAGAGUAUCCGAGAGUGGAUCUUUCCUUUAAUGAUCCUAAAAUAUCCAACUAUCACAGCUAUUUAUACAUACGCUGUAGCUACAGUUGAAUGCCGUGUUGGCCAUCCUAUGCAAGCUAACCACAUCAUCAUGUUUUGUGUAUGUGUGUUUUAUGUAUAACCUGGUACCUCGUUUGACUGGUCUGAGAUGCGGAGCCACAUACUGGGAUCUGGUUUGUCGACGCCCCCUUAGAAACCAUCAGCAAGGGAGAACGCCACACUGCCCUUCAAAGGCACAAGGCAGAAAGCAUCGGCCAGCUGCGUUUUUUCCGUCCAGCCAAAAGAUCUGAGACCAGAUCUUUGAGAAAGUGUUGAUUUGUUCACCGAAGCGGUUCCUAAUCCAUAGGAACAGUAAGGAAACAGACAUUUCAAAACAGAGAUUUCAUUUUUUGACUGAAGCCGAUGUGACUACCUGUUUCCUUUGUAGGGCAGUGUAGCAGAACCCAUCCUCGUCUUCCAGUGUCCAUUAUGUGCCACCUUCCUUUGCAUUUGAUCACCUAUAUCACCGAAUGUGUUGCAGUCCAUCAGAAGCUGAUUCAUAUACAAUCCGAGGGAAUCCAUCAGUCCUGCAUCGCUCCAUUCCAGAUGCAUUGCGCUGUUGCUCGAGUGUUGCGUGCAUCGGAUUUCUUCCUACUAAUAUAUGAAUGUGUGGAUCAAACCGAAUGUUGUUUUACUCAGUGGGAUCUGGGAUGUUUUCAUGAUGCAAACAUUCAGUGACUGAGCCAGAGCUGAAAAUAUAUGUUGCAGCUAUGGUUGUCUAGGAGACCCUUUGGGCCUCGAAUAUUUGAAGCGAGUGGGUCCAGUUUCCUUUGGCAUAUCUAGCACUCAGGCUUUUUGCAGGUCAUCUUCACGAAUUCUAAAAUCAUUUCGGACCCUAGACCUUGUAGCCGUUGCUAACAGUAACCCUGUGACCUGUUAGAGUGCGUCUUGGGCGCAUGAUUCAGCUGGUAACAUUUGUGAGAGCUGGGGUAUUUUUGUAUUUAACGAAAACACAGCAUGGGAAAAUCUCACAAUGGCACUCAGGAGCAAAAAAAUUAAAACGAUGAUGGAUCCCUCAGUAAAUGCAAGUAAAAGAAGAAUUUAUUUGAUUAAUCAACAGGUAAUAAGUCUUUUUGUGUGCUUCGGUUAUUUUUGGGGGGAACUCUAAGUCUGUUGAUUACCCACAUUAAUUCUUUUGCCUGCAUUUUCUGGUGGCUGUGUAUUUUUGUGUUAUAAAAACCAGCCCGUUCCAAUUUGUGGUCGAUUACCAUGGUGACGAACAAAGCUUUGAAAUGUUCAGGUCAGCCCUAGACUACAGCCGCACGCCAUGGCAAAUCAGCUUAAUCUCAAAAUAUUUGAGAAGAGGAUUUUUGUGAAAAAUCUGCACAUAAUUUGACGCAAUGUUAAUGCAUUUGAAAAUAAGUGUGACUGCGGCAUUACACCGACCGAUGACAGGUUCAUGGCACACAAUGAUGGUUGUGUGAUUCUUGAUGAAGUGGUUUGUGUGUGUGUGUGUGUGUGUGUGUGUGUGUGAGAGAGAGAGUAACUUGGAUGCUCCCUCAUACCAGAGUGUUAAGCAGCCUUGUAGCCACAGGCUUAUUUGGGGGCUCACAGUACUGAAAUGCCUUCUAAAAUGGACAUUUUGGUGACAAAAUGACUUUGUCUGUGAGCCUUAAAUGACUGUACUCAAUUACACCCUCGACACACACACGCACACUCGCCCUGACCGACUGGGAUCACAAAGUUGUCAUGGCAACCCUUUAGCAACACAUCUGUGUGUAUGCGUGUGUGUCAGAGAGAGCUUGUGAGUGUCCGAGCGAGUGUGUUUGCGAGUGUGCGUGUGCCUGUGGUCUGCUGGGUACUGUAGGUGAUUUUCCAUCAGCAGCUCAAUCGCUGACCUCAUUUCACACUGACGGAUUCUGUCUCUUCCAAAAAGUCGGCAUGUGAUGGCGGGAGGAGGGGGCGUCUGAGUGGAAUGGAUAAUGACUGUGAUGUGUGAAAGACGACUCAGUCCAUCUCCUUCAUUUCCUGUCUGAGAAGGAACCUUAUGUCCUUAUCUAUUUUUAUAUCCUCAUGGUCGCCGAGCUCCUUCAUGUCCUUUUUCAUCUUUUUGUGUGUGUGAUUUGUUUUUUUCGUUUUGUUUUGGGAGCAUAUUUGCUCCAUGCAUUGGGGAACAUCACAUGCUCCGACUUGUUCCUGUCUUGAAUUCUGAUGACCAUACUGAAUACCUUGACUGUGACAUGAUUGGUUGUAUUUUUAUAAUAAAUGUUGAUUUUAUCUAA